AUACAAGUGAAGUAUUGAGAGGCAUCUGCUACUAUACUUCACCUGAUAUCACUGCUUUAAUUUAGAGCAAGAGAUAUCAGAGUGAGAGAGGGUUCAGGUUCUUUCUGUUGUGAUCAAAGCUAAAGACAUGGCCAUUCAUCACCCAUUGACUCUGGCUUUUGGCCUCUUAGGCAACAUCAUCUCCUUUAUGGUGUUCCUUGCUCCAAUGCCAACCUUUUAUAAAAUCUACAAGAAGAAAACAACUGAAGGGUUCCAAGCACUGCCAUAUGCGGUGGCACUCUUCAGCUGCAUGCUGUGGAUUUACUAUGCGCUGCUUAAACAAGACGCCACAUUUCUCAUCACUAUCAACUCUGUGGGCUGCGUCAUUGAGACUGUUUACCUUGCCAUUUUCCUUUUCUAUUCCCCCAAGAAGGCUAGGAUCUCAACUGUGAAGUUUCUGCUCUUGCUAAACGUGCUCGGGUAUGGCUUGAUGCUUGUGCUGACUCUCUUUCUUGCAAAAGGUGAAAUACGUCUCAAGGUUGUGGGGUGGAUCUGUCUUGUCUUCAAUCUAACCGUGUUUGCUGCACCUCUCUGCAUCUUGAAAAAAGUGAUACGGACCAAGAGUGUUGAGUUCAUGCCAUUUCCUCUUUCAUUUUUCCUGACAUUGGGUGCAGUCAUGUGGUUCUUCUAUGGUUUUCUGCUCAAGGACUACAACAUAGCUUUUCCAAACAUACUGGGGUUCAUGUUCGGGAUUGCGCAAAUGGUGCUCUACAUAGUCUACAAGAAUGCCAAGAAAGUAGUACUUCUGGAGGAGCCAAGUAAGGUACAGGAGCUAUCAGACCAUAUUAUUGAGGUAAUGAAGAUCAGCACCAUGGUGUGUCCCGACCUGACUCCAGUGGUUCUUCAGCCAAAUGACAUUAAUAUUGACCUCAUCGAAGUAAUACCACUUGACCCAAAUAACGUUGUCAAGGGAAUCAAUGCUGAAGAAUCAAAGGAAGACAUGGAUGAUGCCUCCACUAAAGUUUAGUUCAUAGUAACAAUUUGAUGAAGGAAUUGACAUGCAUGCACCAUGCAUAUUCCUUGGGCUAUUAUCUUGACCUUCGUCAAAGGUUAAUUGGGUGUUAAAGUAGGGUUUAUUUUUCUAUUAGCUGUACUAAGGUCAUGGGAAGUGUCUUGUACUAUAUCAGUAGUAUAUCUCCCUCUAAUGAUCUCAUUGCCUCUUUCAAUGUCUGUCCCUUUGAAGCAAGCGUAUCUCUCUCCAGCUUAAUUAGAGCUGAUCUGGGGAUCAUUUAUGUUU